GGCCGAGCGCGCUCAGCCCCGCGACCACCAGCCGCUCGAGACCCCUGCGCCGCUGCGCCCCGGGUUUCGCGGCACCCAAGACCCAGCGAGUGCAGCGGCGGCCGCUGAGGAGGUUCGAAAACAUGGCCAAAAGAAAUGCCGAGAAGGAACUGACAGAUAGGAAUUGGGAUCAAGAAGAUGAAGCUGAAGAGGUGGGAACAUUCUCUGUGGCCAGUGAGGAAGUCUUGAAGAAUAGAGCCAUAAAGAAAGCAAAGCGCAGAAAUAUUGGAUUCGAAUCUGACAGUAGAGGAGGCUUUAAAAGUUUUAAAGGUUUAGUGGUACCUUCUGGAGGAGGACGGUUUCCUGGAUUUGGUAGUGGUGCUGGAGGGAAGCCUUUGGAAGGACUGUCGAAUGGAAACAACAUAACCAGCGCCCCUCCCUUCACCAGUGCAAAGGCAGUGGCAGAGCCCAAGGUAGCCUUUGGUUCUCUUGCUGCAAAUGGCCCUACCGCCUUGGUUGAUAAAAAAGUUUCAAAUCCCAAAACUAAUGGGGACAGUCAGCAGCCCUCCUUCUCUGGCCUUGCUUCCAGUAAAGCUUGUGUCAGAAAUGCCUAUCACAAGCAGUUGGCCGUCUUGAACUGCUCCGUGCGGGAUUGGAUAGUGAAGCACGUGAAUACAAACCCCCUCUUGUGAUCUGACACCUAUCUUUAAAGACUAUGAGAAAUAUUUAGCAAACAUUGAACAGCAACACGGGAACAGUGGCAGGAAUUCUGAAAGUGAAUCUAACAAAGCUGCGGCUGAAACACGGUCUCCUUCCCUUGUUGGCUCAACAAAAUUACAGCAAGAGUCAGCGUUUUUGUUUCAUGGCAACAAAACUGAAGAUACACCUGACAAGAAGGUAGAGCUGGCAUCUGAAAAGAAAACGGACCCAUCAUCACUAGGAGCGACAAGUGCCUCAUUUAAUUUCGGCAAGAAAGUUGAUAGCUCUGUUUUGGGCUCAUUAAGCUCUGUCCCCCUGACUGGAUUUUCAUUCUCCCCUGAAAACUACAGUUUAUUUGGCAAAGAUAUUACCAGAGUAAACCAGUCUCUUCACCAUUUCGCACUAAACUAUUGGAGGGCCAAGCGGAAGGUGACAGUGGUGAAUGCAAAGGUGGAGAUGAAGAAGAGAAUCAUGAGCUACCCAAAGUAGUAGUUACCGAAGUAAAAGAAGAAGAUGCUUUUUACUCCAAAAAGUGUAAACUAUUUUACAAGAAAGAUAAUGAAUUUAAAGAGAAAGUCAUAGGUACUCUGCAUUUAAAACCUACAGCAAAUCAGAAGACACAGCUUUUGGUGCGGGCAGACACCAAUUUAGGCAACAUAUUGCUGAAUGCUCUGAUUCCACCCAAUAUGCCACGUACGCGAACAGGGAAAAAUAACGUUUUUAUUGUCUGUGUUCCAAAUCCACCAAUUAACGAGAAGAAUGCCACCAUGCCAGUCACCAUGUUGAUUCGGGUAAACACCAGCGAGGAUGCAGACGAGUUGCACAAAAUUUUACUGGAGAAAAAGGAUGCCUGAACACGCGAAGUCGGCUGCGGAAUUAUUGCCAAGUUGCUGCUUCUUCCACCGUCCCUUCGACUUAGUUUUUCUUCUCUUCUUUGACAUUCUAAGAACUUAUAGAUAACUUAAAACUUUUGAGAGGAAGAUUAAUGUGGCCAAUAAAACCUUUAAAUUUUAAGUGUCAAGAAACCGCACUCUCCCUUCUUAAGAACUGCCUAAAGUGUAAAAUACAUUUGAAUGCAAUUUUUGGAAGAUUUUUUAAUGUUCGUUUAUUAAACUAACCCUAAGUGAUUUCUUCAAGCACUGCAAUCAGGGUAUCAAUUCGCUUUCCCAAAGGCUCUUCCAACCCGUGGGUUUUGGGGUCCACCGCCAUCACCAGAGAGGCUUUUGAACAGGUGCCUGGCUGUGUUCAGAAGGAAGCUGGCCUGUAUGCUUCUCUCCGGUGGGCUCAGCCGACGUGUGAGACUUGUUGUUACCAAAUAACCGGGCUGCGACGCUGUGACAGGCAUUUGUCCUCUGCUUUAUUUUUAUUUUGAAGCUAAAAUGUGAGUACUAAGUGUUCACCUCAGCGUUCGAAUCAUUGGCCUGUAACCCUGUGGGCUGCUUCACGAGAAUUCAGGACCUGCAUUUUCAUUCUAAAAAGAAAUGAACAGCUUGUGAAGGAGUUUUUUGGCUUUGUAGUGUCUAUUCAUGAGGUAGUGUUACUUCUUUAUCCCCCAAAGACAAAAUGAAGAUAUAGGGGGAUUGCCAGGAAUGGGUUUAAAAGCACAAAUGUGGUAGCUUAUCAUCUACACCAUGGAGAGUGAACCCUUACGAAAUGAAAGUCAAAUGAGACCAUCCUAGAAAAAGAAGAUGCUCAUAGGCAUUUGUACCAUGAUCAACCCCACGCAUAUGAAAACUGUGACCAAGUGAUGUGCCUGGGAGCUUUGACACCCGAGCCGUGUGAAUUCACUAGGAAACAUGUAAUAAGGACUCAACCACAGCAAUAUGUAAGAAGAACACACACCAAACAUUCCUGAAGUGAUUUAAAAGAUAGACUGAAGAGGAGCAAGAACAGAAACAGGGAGCCAGUUACAGAUCUAUCCCAAGAAUUCUGGGGAGAGAUGAUGAUGUCUGCAGCAGAGUGACAGCAGUGGAGAUUGAGAGAAAAGGUUGAAAAUGAUUGCUUGUGUUCAACUACUGUGAAGAGUUGGAAUCAGACAACUACAGCUUUGAUUUUCCAAGUGGUUCAGAAUGUAAAUAUGAUCUGACCUUUCCCUGAUGGACAGUUAAAUCAUGGACACGCUAAACAAUUUACUUUGGACUGUCCUUCCUAAAGAUGCUCUGGCUUCUCUCUUGAAUGCUCACUAAGCUUUCGUAGCUGACAAGGAAAGGAAGGAAAACUGUGAACUGGAAAGUUAUCUUACAAUGAAAAUUACUAGCACAUCUUGCAUCUGUCCAGUCCUAGUGUGUCUCUGUUUUGUGCAGAGGUGUUAUGGAACUGCUCACCACAGCUCCAUCAAGGUGACGAGAAACCAAACCAAACACAUUGAAGGUGAAACCGAAGUCCAUCAUCGUCCCAAAAGGGGAUGGGUAUGGAAUCAGUUCUUUGUUUUAGAAGAACAUAUGGGACCAGAUCCUCAGUAUGUUGGAAAGCUGCACUCCAAUUCUGACAAAGGUGAUGGAUCUGUCAAGUACAUCCUUACUGGAGAGGGUGCUGGGACUAUAUUUAUCAUUGACGAUACCACGGGUGAUAUCCACUCAACAAAAAGCCUAGACAGAGAGCAGAAGACCCACUAUGUGCUUCAUGCUCAAGCUAUUGAUAGACGUACAAACAAACCUCUUGAGCCUGAAUCCGAGUUCAUCAUCAAAGUGCAAGACAUCAAUGACAACGCUCCAAAAUUCACAGAUGGACCAUACAUUGUUACUGUGCCUGAAAUGUCAGAUAUGGGUACCUCUGUUCUACAGGUGACAGCUACUGAUGCAGAUGACCCUACCUAUGGAAAUAGCGCUCGGGUGGUUUACAGCAUUCUCCAGGGACAACCCUACUUCUCCGUCGACCCUAAAACAGGAGUUAUUAGAACGGCCUUACAUAACAUGGACAGAGAAGCCAGAGAACAUUACUCCGUGGUCAUUCAAGCCAAAGACAUGGCUGGGCAAGUUGGAGGGCUUUCAGGAUCUACAACAGUCAACAUCACCUUAACCGAUGUCAAUGACAACCCACCACGCUUUCCUCAAAAACACUAUCAGCUAUAUGUUCCUGAGUCAGCUCAAGUUGGUUCAGCUGUUGGGAAAAUCAAGGCAAAUGAUGCUGACACUGGCUCAAAUGCUGACAUGACCUACUCCAUCAUAAAUGGUGAUGGCAUGGGAAUAUUCUCAAUCUCCACUGACAAAGAGACCAGGGAAGGAAUCCUUUCUUUAAAGAAGCCACUGAACUAUGAGAAAAAGAAGUCAUAUACCCUCAACAUAGAAGGAGCAAAUACACAUCUUGAUUUUCGCUUUUCUCACUUGGGUCCUUUUAAAGAUGCUACUAUGCUGAAGAUCAUUGUUGGGGAUGUAGAUGAACCACCACUAUUUUCCAUGCCUUCCUACCUCAUGGAAGUCUACGAAAAUGCCAAGAUUGGGACCGUCGUUGGUACAGUUUUGGCACAAGAUCCUGACAGUACUAACAGCUUAGUAAGAUACUUCAUCAACUACAAUGUUGAAGACGACAGAUUUUUCAACAUUGAUGCCAAUACUGGGACCAUUAGGACUACAAAGGUUCUCGACAGAGAAGAAACUCCAUGGUACAACAUCACAGUCACUGCUUCAGAAAUUGAUAAUCCUGAUUUGCUGAGCCAUGUCGCAGUGGGUAUUAGAGUUCUGGAUGUCAAUGACAAUCCACCCGAACUUGCCAGGGAAUAUGAUAUUAUUGUAUGUGAAAAUUCUAAGCCUGGCCAGGUUAUUCACACCAUCAGUGCCACUGAUAAAGACGAUUUUGCCAAUGGACCAAGGUUUAACUUCUUUCUUGAUGAACGCCUGCCUGUAAAUCCAAACUUCACUCUGAAGGACAAUGAAGAUAACACAGCCAGCAUUCUGACAAGGCGGAGGAGAUUUAGUCGAACUGUUCAGGAUGUGUAUUAUCUGCCCAUUAUGAUCUCUGAUGGUGGAAUCCCCUCUCUCAGCAGCAGCAGCACCCUCACCAUCAGGGUUUGUGCAUGCGAGAGAGAUGGGCGCGUGCGGACCUGCCAUGCAGAAGCCUUCCUGUCCUCGGCUGGUUUGAGUACAGGAGCCUUAAUCGCUAUUCUUCUCUGUGUUCUCAUUCUCCUGGCAAUUGUGGUACUUUUUAUCACCCUGAGGCGCAGCAAAAAAGAGCCCUUGAUCAUUUCAGAAGAGGAUGUACGGGAGAACGUGGUCACCUAUGAUGAUGAAGGAGGUGGAGAGGAAGACACGGAGGCCUUUGACAUCACAGCCUUGAGGAAUCCUUCUGCUGCUGAGGAGCUCAAGUACCGGAGAGAUAUCAGACCUGAAGUGAAGCUCACUCCCAGACACCAGACAUCGUCCACCCUGGAAAGUAUAGAUGUUCAGGAAUUUAUUAAGCAAAGAGUGGCAGAAGCAGACCUAGACCCUAGCGUUCCCCCUUAUGACUCUCUUCAGACUUAUGCCUAUGAGGGUCAGAGAUCAGAAGCUGGGUCUAUCAGCUCGCUGGAUUCAGCAACGACACAAUCAGACCAGGAUUAUCACUACCUUGGAGACUGGGGACCCGAGUUUAAAAAGUUAGCUGAACUCUAUGGAGAAAUAGAAUCUGAAAGAACAACUUAGGGGGUCAGUUCUUGCAACCUUGUGGAAUUUGCUUCCUGAGUAAGUGGAUAUACAACCUCAGCAAUGACAAGGAAGAAGUGUGGAAACAGUACUUGGAACUGAGCAAGCUGGACACAGCUCCUGUAGAAACAAGUGCCCUUUUCAUGAUCGAAACUGGGUUAUUUAAUUGGAAGAAAGUAAAAAAAAAAAAAAGACAAUACAAAGAAAAAGUUAUUGUUCCUUGUGUAUAUUUUCAAUUGCUCAAUAAAGUCUGUGGUACUGUUUAUUAAGAAUUCCUGAAUUAAGCCAAACAAUGAUAUUUGUUUCAAUAUUUUGUGAUUUAUUUUUUUCAAAAGCAAAACUAAACAGAAAGGCUCAAGAUCACUGGUGGUUAUGACUUAUAGGGGUGGUAACAGUAAUACAGGAAACUUGUGAAGGUAAUCACGACCUCUUUUAUCACUUUUCUGGGUGAACCCUUGAGAACCACACUCUGUUAUUAUAACAGAUCUCAUUAGCCUUGUCUUGUGUUUAUAUUACAUGAGGUAUUUCCACUCUAUCAUGGACUUGUAUGUACCAUUUCCCUUUGCCCUCCCCAGUUCUUUUCUCCAUACAAAACUGAUGGAGCAUGGGGAUUUGCUGCCUGCACUAUAAUGUAUGCAACUUCAGUGCACCAGUUGUGUGCUGUACUGAGCAUGAGACUAUUGUCUCUAUCCCGUACACCCCCUUUUAUUUUAAUGGGAUACUCCUAUUUUUAAAUGGACAGAAAGAAUAGUUUAAGGUAUGUUAUGAAAAUCUGAUAUGUCAGGGAAUAAUUUAAUUUUAAAAAUAGCCACACACCUUAUCUUCUACGAAAUGUUGGGGAACUUUUUUUUUCCUUUUUUCCACUUGUUUUAUUAUAUUUAAAUCAGCAAUUUUGAUCAUUUCUGUAUUUAAAAUUAAUUGUCAAACAUUUUGCUGGCUGGUUUGUGCUUCAGUCUAAGUCACUUAUUUUCAACACGAGCAGUAAUCAAAAAUAAGUACCCCACACAAUAACAAUGUAGUCUGAAAGACUAUCCUCCAAUGAAUGUAAAUGUCAUAGAAUCAUAGUUGACUUACAUUUAUUCCUUACACAGGUUCAGAUUUUUUCCAUCUCACUGAUAAUUAGUUUGGUAUCAACAGGAAAAUGUGUAGGACUAGGAGCAAAAAAGGAGAUUCACAGUUAUUAUCCUCAGAUAUGUUCCCGAAAGUCUCUGUGUUCAGGGUCCAAACCACAAAGUAGAGAUGGCAAUGACUUCCCUGCCCACCUCACAGGGUUGUUGUGAGGAUUAAAUGAGCAUCUGUAAAAUGCUUUGCCAACUGCAAAGUAUUCAAUUGCAUAAAAGCUUGCAGACGCUUAUCUAAUUUUCUAGUUUCAUUAGCUUUUAAAUAUAUAUUUACAUGCAUCUGGCAUAAAAUAUUAUAUUAUCACAGGAGAAUUUCAUGAAAUCUUCAACAGUGAAGCUACUGUUUAAAUAUAUGUACACAAUUCCAAUUAUUUUAAUAUUUUCAUAAGCUAAUUUCUGAGAAUUUGGGUGGGGCUUUUUUUUUUUCAAAUUGUUUUAGAUAAUGUUUUGUUGUUGUUGCUAUUGGUCUUGAAGUAAGAAUUCAUACCAUAAUGGUCCUACUUUCUAAAACUGGCCACAUCUAUAUAUUUCAGAAAUAUUGAAAUUCUUAAAUACAUGAAAUAGGAAUUAGUUGAAACCGGAGUUUUUCCUUUGCUCUUUAAAUUUAUCAUUAUCAGUGUCCCCAAAAGUUAUAUGACAUUUUCUGUCUGUUUCUACCCAUGUGCAAAAUUUUGGAUUUUACCUCUGUUUGCAAUUGCCCUGUGCUAUCGUAUUAUAAUUUGAGGUAUGGGAAGUAAGUAAGCUUAAUUUGAAUAAUUCUCAAUUUGUGUUUUAAGCCUGAGGAAUAAAAUGUAAUUUAAGCUUUUUAUGACA